AUGGCCCUGGACGGCGCCCGGACCGAGCUGGAGACCCUCCUGGGGGUCGGGGGGCUGCAGGUGGUGGAGCAGCAGAUCGUCAUCAUCUCCACCCAGGACGCCGACGCCGCCCCCCGCCCCGCCGGCCCCGGCGAGGUGGGCAGCGAGGCCGAGCUGCUGCUGUUCGCCACGCCCCAGGCCCCCCGGCCGGGGCCCGCCGGACCGAGGCCCGCCCUGGGCCGCCCCCCGGUGAAGAGGAAGUUGGAUCUGGAAAGGGAUCACCAGUACCUCGCGGAGGCCGGCCAGCCAGCCCGAGGGCGAGCUAAGCGCACCGGCAAAGGUGCCAAGUCCCCCGGGGAGAAGUCUCGCUACGAGACGUCGCUGAACCUGACCACCAAGCGCUUCCUGGAGCUGCUGAGCCGGUCCCCUGAUGGGGUGGUGGACCUCAACUGGGCGGCCGACAUCCUCAAGGUGCAGAAGCGGCGCAUCUACGACAUCACCAAUGUCCUGGAGGGCGUCCACCUCAUCACCAAGAAGUCCAAGAACCACAUCCAGUGGCUGUAGGUAGCAGGCCCACACACGGGACUGAAGCGGGGUGGCGAGUACCAGGAUCUGUCCAGGGACUUACAGAAACUCGAGGAGACGGAGCAACAGCUGGAUAACCUGAUCCAGGCGUGCACCGUGCAACUCAAGCUGCUCACCGAAGAUGCUGACAAUCAAAACUUGGCCUACGUGACCUGCCAGGAUCUGCGCAGCGUGGCCGACCCCGCGGAGCAGAUGGUGAUGGUCAUCAAGGCUCCUCCGGAGACCCAGCUGCAGGUGGCGGAUCCCGCCGAGGCCAUGCAUAUCUCCCUGAAGAGCACCAGAGGGCCCAUUGACGUGUUCCUAUGCCCCGAGGACAGCUCGGGGGUCUGCAGCCCCGUGAAGAGCCCCUUCAGAGCUGCUCCCGACGAGGCCCCCACCGCUGCCACCGCAGCCUCCGGGCUCCUGACGCCCCCGCGGGACGCGGGCCUGCCGCUGCUGACCAGUACCCCCUCCCUCUUUGUGCCCCCAGAGCCCUUCCUGUCUGAGCAGAGCCCUGCCGCGCCCCUGAGAUCCGAAGCGGGGGAGGAGGAGGAGGAGGCCCUGUCCCCGCUGGUGUCCGUGGACGGCCUCCUGGAACAGGCGCAGGAAGACUUCAACCUCCUGCCCGACGAGUUCAUCAGUCUGUCCCCGCCCCAGGCCCCAAACUACCACUUCAGCCUGGAGGACGGGGAGGGCGUCCGAGAACUCUUCGACUGUGACUUUGGGGAUUUCACCCACUUGGAUUUCUGACAGGCUCCGGCAGCCUGCUGGGCCUCGGGGCAGGGGCCGCUCCAGGAAGCGUAAGGUUGUCCUGUUUCAGGGUGGGCAGGGGGCCGAACGGGCACUGAUAGCUCAGGCACAGGGCCAGCUCCCUGGGCCAGUGUGGGUAGGAAGAGCCUGGCUUGUUUCAGGGUGCCCUUCCCACCUCCCCCAACCCCGCAGAAGAGGUCUGGGACCCCAGGGCUCAGCGGGGGGACUCCCCUGCUGACAGAAGUUGCUUAAUUUAUUUCCCCUCCCCCCCGCCUUUCGUCUGUCUGGUUCAGGGCAGAAUUCAGAUCCUAAUUGCAUAGAUAGAGCACUUCCAUCUUAAGGUUUCUCGUUGCAAAGCUUUAAUGGAGUGGGUGUGUAUGUGUGGGCGGGAGCAUUGUACUAUUAUUUAUUUAUUUUGGUUAGCAGCGGGCAUGCCUCCUGGUUCCAUUGGUGGCUGGGGCCAGGCUGGGUACCAACGCCAGCAGCCGUGGGAGUGGUGGGGAGCAGGGCCGUUUGCCCGUGGUUCUCCCCUGCUGUCCUUCGGGGCCAGCGUCAGAGAAUUUGGUGGGGCAGGGGGAGUUCUGCAGCCUCCUGGAGCAUUUCCCCGGCCACUGAGGCUGGCAGACUCCUCCCACACCACUCUCCCUUCUCUCUGUUGGGCUGAGGCCCCAGACGUGGCGAGCACAAGUCUGGAAAAGUCAGAGGGUGGAGCUUCCUCUUGCCUCGCCACUGGGUCGGGGGGACUGAGAGGUGGAGAACGUGGGCUGCGGGAUGUCA